GAUUGUAGCGCUCCGCGGGUCGCAAUGGCAACAGUCCGCAUCGAACGGCAACAGCAACUUUUGUCGUUUUUGUAAAAGGGUGUUUAAUGUUACGGAGAUGUUAUAAGACGCAGAAGAAACUACUUUCUAAUGUGAGAAACAAACGCUACAUAAUUUCUCCAGUCCGAAAAUGUCACAGGGAUGUACAGUUUCUGUGGAAGAGAUCCAGUCCUGGUGGGAAGUCCCCGCCAUAGCCCACUUCUGCUCGCUGUUCAGGACAGCGUUCAACCUUCCAGACUUUGAAAUAGAGGAGUUGGAGAAAGCCCUGUCAGAGCAGGACUUGGACUUUCUUGGGGACCUCAUCGCAUGUCUGUUGCAGGGAUGUUACCAGCGCACCGACAUCACCCCCCAGGCGUUCAGCAGUUACCUGGACGACAUCAUCAGCUACAGGUGGGAACUGGAAGAGGGGAAGCCCAACCCACUUCGAGAGGGCCCUUUUGAGAGUCUCCCUCCUCGGACUCAGGUGGAGCUUCUGCACCGACUGUGUGACUACCGUAUGGAUGCUGCUGAUGUCUUUGAUCUGCUCAAGGGACUGGAUGCAGACAGCCUAAGGGUGGAACCUCUGGGGCAGGAUGGAAAUGGAGCCCUCUACUGGUAUUUUUAUGGCACACGUAUGUACAAAGAAGAGCCAGUCAAGAGGAAAGCGGAGAAGAUCAGUGAAACCCAUGAGCUAACCUUACCAGAGAAAAAGAAAAGGGGAAGACCACCAAAGAAGAGAAAGCUAGACGACCCUCAGCUAAGUGACGUGGAAAGUGAAGUUAAAACUGAUAAUGGACUGGAUGAUCUACCUCCCACAAGAGGCUGUAAGCGAGGUGCUUGGUCCCUUGUGUGUGAUACAGAAGAACAGUGGUUCAGUCUGGCAGAGAGCAUCAAGGACAAAAUCUCCCAUCAGGACCGCCACCUCUACCGUGUCAUCAGCCAGAAUUUUCUGCCCGAGAUCAGCAGCAUGAUUGAACACAAGGAAAGGGAGCAGAAACAGAAGCUGAUGGACCCAAACCCAGUUCGCGUAUCACAGCGGUUCUCUGGAAAACACAUGAACCAGGAGCAGGAUGAGGAUAAUCUGAAUGCCAUAGCAGAGGUGGAGAAGAAAAAAGAUGAAGAGCUGGACAGGCAGGUCCUACUAGCCGAGCAGCGACGAGAAGAGGAGAGGCUUCAGCAGGAAGAACGACAGAGGGAGAAGAUGGAGAAGAUCAAAGCCGUGGAGGAGCGAGCAAAGAGGCGGAAGAUGCGAGAGGAAAGGGCCUGGUUGCUGUCUCAAGGAAAAGACCUGCCACCUGAACUCCUGAACCUGGAGCCUUCUUCUCCUGUCCACAGAAGACGCAAGAAUAAAGAAUUCUAUGAAAUAGAUGACGACUACACUGCUCUAUACAAAGUGCUUGAGGUCUUAAAAGUCCAUAAAGAUGCCUGGCCUUUCCUGGAACCUGUGGAUGACUCCUAUGCCCCCAAUUACCAUGAAAUCAUCCAGACUCCCAUGGACCUGUCCACCAUUGAGAAGAAGCUCAGUGAUGGGGACUACGUUGCUAAGGAGGAGUUUGUUGCUGACGUGAAGCUCAUGUUUGAAAACUGCAUUGAGUACAAUGGAGAAGACAGUGAGUACACUAUCAUGGCUGAGUCUCUAGAACGGUGUUUUAGCCGGGCCAUAUUAAAACACUUCCCAUCAGAGGACGGUGACACAGAUGAAGAAUUCCACAUCAGCAAAGAAGACAAGGAGCGCAAGGAAAGAAAGCGCAAUCGUGGCAGUAAACAAUUUGGACCUGAAAGUUUGAUUAAGGCCACUGAGCAAGUCCAACGCAAGCAUAACCUCCGGGGGGGCAAGGGCAGCACACACUCAGAGGAAGAGGACAGCAAGCCAGCACGACCACCUCCUCCUCCUCACUGGGCCAAUGGCCCCCAUCACCCACACAGUCUGCCUCCAAACCAGCAGCACAUCCAUGGAGAAAUGAGGGGCAUGUACCACCCAGGGCAACAGCUCCCUCGUCACCCUGGUCCCCAUGGUCCCCACGGUCCCCACAUGUAUGCUCAUAGGAUGGCCAUGGAUCCCCGCUUCACCUACCCAGCUCACAUUCCACGGCAUGGAGACCCAAGCUUGAACCGCUUGCCCCACAAUUUUAACAUGCAGCAUCGCAUGGUGGAAGGACCUCACAUGGGUCCUAGGUAUCCAAUGGGUCCUGAUCCUAAUCAACUUCAGCCUCCACACCAGCACCCUUACAUGGGUCCAACUCAUGGCCCAUCUUUGGGCCCUCGUCCAGUGGCCCUCCAGCCUGGACCUCCUCCUGAAGCCAGCAUGUACCCAUCCCACCACCGUUCGGAGGGGCACACCAUGCACCCCAUGGGUAACAGAUACUCAGGACCGGAAGGGCCACAUCAGCACAACUACACAGGCUUGAGGCCUCCUGGUAUGGGCCUUCCCAACAUGUGGACUGGUAUGAAUCACCAGGGUCAGGAGAGACCCGGUGGAAUGCGCAUGCAGGAUCCCAACAUGGUCAACCAGCGCAACUGCAGUUAUGGUGGAGUCCCACCUCCAGUGGGACAUAAACCAUGGCCGGAAGCUGCCGGAUAUCCUCAUCCUUCUCAUAAUACCCAAUACCAAAUGUCUGCAGCGGUCAGUCCUCCGGGGCCCAUGUCCUCACGUCCCCCUGUACCCCACCCAGACCCCUCUGGCAGGACACGCUUGGCUUCCAUGCUGGAAAGCCCAGAGAUGCUGGCCCUGCAGCAGCUGUCAGCCUCUUCUGGACCCCCUGCUGGUGCCCCUCAUCAGCACAUGGGCAACUUUCAGCAGCCUGGGCCCCCAUCAGGAAUUGGCAGCAUCCCAGCUCACCCCUCCCAGCAGCCUCCCCCUGCCCCUGAGGUUCAGCUGCUGCGUCCUGCCAGAGACAAUGGGCCAGACAGCCAGCCUUCCCAACAGACAGACACGCAGCCCAAAGGCACAACAUCAGAGAACAAAAUGGCUGCCAAAAACAUUUCAGAUGAAGCUUCAUCACACAAUAACACUGUUUCAAUUAACCAAGAGCACCCAUCCAUCCCUAGCCCCACAGGACACCACAGUGGGUCAGCAGAGGGAAUGUCCAGCCCCUCAGCCCCUAACUUGGGGAGAUCACAGGAGAAUCUGUCUGGACCAGCGCUCCCACAGAGUUCAACAGAGUGCCACAAGCAGGAGGUAGAUGGCCAGGGUCACUCUGCCAACCCCUGUCCCCCUCAACACAAUAUCGCCACUACUGUUUCAGCCCAACUCAACACAAGUAAUAGCUCCUCUGAUCCCACUCUACCCAAAACCCCUCAGCAUACACAGAGCAGUCCUCAACAAAAGGUUCUGAGCCCUGCACUUCUUGCCCAGAACGCACCACCAUCGCAUGUGGCGGCAUCUCAGAAUUUCACUCAGCAAACAUCAGAGAACAACUUACCAUACAUGCAAAGUGAACAGCAACAGAACAUUGAAAAUCAGCAAUCUCAGAGAACUCAGAGCACCCCUCAGUGCCACCUUCAAAGCUCUUCCCAGCAGAUGACCCAGAACACACAGCAGCACAAUUCUCAAAGUCUGCCACCUCCUCAUCGUGUCCCCCAAACUAGCUCUCCUCAACGUCCUACACAGAACAGUCCCAUGCAUGGGAUGCCACAGAGCGCAGCACAGGGAGCCCAGCCGGGACGCCCCCACCCAGCCCCUCUCACCUCUCUGCCUCCUAGCCACCCUGCCCCACUAUUACCCUCCCAACCUAGCCCAGCAGACCAUGGAGAUCAAAGGCCUAGUGAACCUACAAGUAGGCCAGACACAGAGGGCACUGCUGUGCCUCCUCAGCACAACAUGAUGAAAUUUGGGGGUCCAAAUGGUAUUUAUAAACACCAGGCUUUUAGCCCUAAUCACAAUCAAACCCAACUGGUGAGUAGUAACUCAGGUAUGCAGGCUCAAAGAGGGCCAGCACCUGGGCACAAUGCAGCCAUGCCUCCUCACUCCCAAGGCCAGGUAAAUGGAGCCGUAGGCCCUUUCAGCAUGGCUAACCCUCCACAUCCACAUUACAGCCAGACAAACAUGACCAGACCCAUGCCUCAGUCUGCUCACCACCCUUAUCACAACCAGGCCAUCAACCCCCUCCACAAUUCUGCUCCCCACCCCACCUACCAUCAGCAAGGAGGCCCUGCCUAUCCCUACCACAUGCCUGGACAACAGCACCCUCAGGCCCACGCCAGCAUGUAUCCACCUCCUCAGUACCAGCAGCAACACUAUUACCCCCAACCUCAUCCCCAAGCUCAGCCCCAUAACCAGGCCAACAGCAGAGGGGGUUAUCCCCCAGAGGAUUGGCAUCGGUCCCAUUAUCAGCCUCGCCAGCCGAUGCCACCCAACGCCUACCUACCUGUAGCCAGUGCCCGAGGCAACACUCUCUCAAAAGAGAGCAAUGUGUCGCCGCUGGGCUCCGAAGGCUCCAGUGGUGCUAGUUUGGUUUCCCCUGCCCCCGUGUCUGAAGCAGGGCCACAUCCUGGAGGCCCAGAAGAAGGGAAGUGUGAAAGCAGGGAGCAGGGCAGUGGAGGCAGCAGCAGCGCUGGCAGCCCAGCUAAGAAAGUGCAGACUGACGGGAGCUCAGAGCGACCUGACAGUCCUAAAGAAAUCCUGGACCUCGACAGCCAUAAUGCUGCUGCCCGCCGCCGUAGCACGCAGCUACCUCAAAACCCACCUGCCUCUGCUGCACACAUGCCACCUGGCUUCAUGUAUGACCCUCGCACUGUCCACCCUGGGAUGCAACAAGGUGGCAUUCAUCCACCUCACAUGAUGUCUCAAAUCCGUGGAGUUGGCAAUGGAAGCCUUUACCCUGGCCAGCCAUACCCAGAUCAAGGACGUUACUCUACACAAAGACCUCACCCACACCUGAUGGAGGCUCUGCAGCGGCCACAGCAGCUGCCCUACUCUCCGGGUCAGACACGCAUGGCCAUGUACCGACACCCCCGGCCUGGUGGUCACUUCCAGGGCAUGAUGAUUCAGCAGAGAGGCCUGGCACCAGAACACUUUCUACACCCAGGGCAACAGAUGAUGGCUGCGCCAGGUGGGCCAAGCAGCAAACAGGGAGUGUGACGACCAUCACAGCAUGUUAUUAUCAAAGACCAUCCAGACAAAUCAGUGAGCCAAAAGGGAGAAAAUGUGGGCGUGCUGACUGGGCUAAUGGAGACUAUAGAGGGAACUCUUGGCUCCACAUACAACCCAUACUGAUUUUCUUACACUGGACUAAACUUUUGCCUCAAUUUCGCCGACCACUGAACUUCAAGAUCCAUCCAGGCAGCUGUUAGUAUCAAAAUGAUAAUAAUGCUGAAUGUUAUUGAGCCCCGGAGAACAACUUUUUUUCUUUUCUUUUUUUGGGCUUGCCCUUCUCCACAUCAGAGCAUGGGGCCAGAUACAGAGCAGCUCUGUAGAGCUGGUAGAGAUUCAAUGACUUGCUCUAAAACACUUGACCUGAACGGUUGCUUCCCAACAUGAGUGUUUGAACUUGGAUCCUUCAGAAGAAGUGCAGUCUCUUUAACCACUAGGCCAACCUGUCAAGCACAGGGGACACUGCCUUCAAGAACACUGGACAGCCCUUUCCUCUUUAAACAAUCGAAAUACGGAUGGAUGACCACACUGACUUGUAGUCCUUAUUGGAACUGAUAUCUACUGACAGAGCCGAGGAAGACUGUUGUUUUUACUACUAUUAUCUGUUCCAACCUUAUCUUUUAUCUCAGGUGUAGAAAAGGAGGUACUAUGAUACUGUCACCCUAACCAAGUCAACUCACAGGCCCCUUGCAAUUGCCUUGGUUUCCUUUGUGAAUGUAUGAGUGAAUGUUUAGAUGAUAAGUUAAACGCAGCAUAGCGGCUGCUUGUGAAAGGACAAAAAGGUAAACCGUCCUGAAAAAGGCCCUGUUACUGUCCAUUUCCACCCCAACUCUAAGUGUUUAUCUAGUCCUGGAGUGAACACACAGUAUAUGCAUCUUUCAAAGCUGCCUUCAUUGUUAAGAAUGUCUUUGACUAGCAGAGGAGGACCGGCAAGGAUGGCGCUAUUUGGAUCUGACUAUACCUGACUCUCUGUUAUGCACUAUGGUUUUCUUAGUCUAGAUGUCCUGGAAUUGAGUGGCCUUGGAUAGUCUUAUUUGUAGUCUAUGCUUGUUAACAUAUAUGUAUGAAUAUAUAUAAAAAUAUAUAAAAAUAUUAUAAUAUUGAUAUUAGUAAUUACAACCCUUCACUGUAGAGACUUACCUCUUGUACCAGGUAAGGGAAUUCUGAAUUUCUCAGAUGGUGACAUGUCCUGCUAGCUGGUAUAUGCACAUACACAGAACAGACAGAUACCACAUCAAAACCUGUUGUUAGUUUUUAUUUUGAAAAUGCAUUCCACUGACAAUUUUGUAGCUUUAGCGCUUUGUCCAGUCACAGCCCUGCCCUUUUUGCAUGGUUUCCUCUUUGAGCCGCUUCCUCUUCCCCAUGUCAACGUAUCCUCAGGGUGUACAGUUUCUAUAUUACGGGUAUUUUUCUGAACUAUUUGAAGGAGGAGCAGCGUAAAGAAAAAUGGGACUGCAUUCGUGGCAAAUGGAUCCACCACAGUUUCACGUGAAGAACUUUUAAGGUUCUGUAUUCGUUGUCAUUAACAAUAUUUUGCUCAGCACACUGCCAACUGUUAAACCCCUAUUUUUUUUUUUUUUUUUCAUCCACGUUAAUCAGUAGUGAGAUUGAUCUAAUUUGAGUUACUCUACAUUCCUCUUAAUUUGAUACAUACCAUUUGUCAUCACUAUUGAUUUGGGCUUUCUUCUGACACCAAAUGCAUUCUCUCACAACUGUAUGUGGAUUUUGGAAGUUUUGUCCCACACCCUAUCAUAUCAAUUUUGCACCUGUGAGCCCCACUUGUGCAGUUUAGUGAUGGCAGCAAAUGAAUCUACCUCAUCUUAGCCAGCCAGCGGCAUUCUACAGAGUCCCUCCACUUCUUCCCUUGCUCUGCCAGACUCCUGUAGGUCAACAUUUUAUGACCAGUUGAUGAUUUUAGCACCACUUCUAGUUUUUAGGUUUACAGAAUUGAUCAUAAAAUGGCCUUACCAUCCUGGGAGAAAAUCUUACGUUUUGUAUUGCUGUGCCAAAUUACGGUACUGAUUAACCUUCUCAACAAGAUGCUGUGAUGGGAUUAUUCAGCCGUCAGUUUAACAUUGACUGCAGGUGUUCUUUUCUGGCAGGUAUCUUUUUAAAGGGAGAGUCUUUUUUUAACGUCAUCAUUAGAGUGUGAUGACCGACAUUAUUACAUCUUAUGUCUAAAAUCUGUCUAAGUUGGUCUCUUUAGUUGUACAGGUUGCAUGCUUUCUUGCCUACAGGUUGUUGAGACUAGACAAAGUAGGCAGUAUUCCAGUCUAGGGUCUGUUAUAGGCUGCAUAGAGUUUGGCAGCAUUAUAAUGUCCUUAGCAGUAGGUACCUAAGGCAUUGUAAGGAAAUAUUUGUGGAAGGAUGACGGAAUAGGAAAAUGCUAGAAGCUGUGAGACAAUUUUAUGUGGAAUUGGAAAUAGGGGGAAUUGUCUCAAUAUUUAGUGAGCCUAAUAGGGCCGCUUUGGAGGUAGUGUCUUCACUUGUGCUGUCUAAUGUAUGAAGGACAGUGUUGUUUUUAAAGGUCUGUGAGGUUGUGAUAUUGUCUUAUGGUGUACAGGUGUGUUUGUGUUGCGUGAGUGAGUGCGUGUGUGUUUCUGGUGUGCAGAAUCGGCACCAGAUGACUGGAAGUGUGCAUUGGUCUCUCACUUUUACUCUGCUGUCAUCUCUCUGCACUAGUGAAAACCAUUUAGACGUAAUUAAAUGUGAACCAUAUUUAUUUGCUCUUUUACAGAUUUUUGUACAUUUUUGGACUUGUUUUAAUAUAAAUGUGUGGUGUCUUGUUUCCUUUUCCUUGAUGUUGUUUUUUUGUUCUUUUACGCAGUUGUCUUUUACCUCAGUAGCAUGGUGGCAUUGGAAAAAAAGACCUGUAACGUUUCAUUUUAAGUGACGUUUACAAGUUCUUACCUGACUGACAUAGAUUAUUUUGGAAAUGGACUGGAGUAUUUUCUAUACUGUACAUUUCUUAGAAAUAAAUAACUUUUCUCGAA